AUGUCAGGCACUGUGCGUGGUUCCUGGGACUCAACCGUGAGCAUGGCAGGACCCUGCCGUCCAGGAGGGGGACACACACGCUGCUCUGGAAACUCCCGUGCAGGCCGAGGGAAGCAGCCCUGGCACCGGCUGGCCACACGCACCCCGGGCCAUGUCAGAACUCUGAGCCGGCGACAGGGAGCAGCUGUCCACCACCGGCCAUCCCAACCCAGCUUCGAGAUGCUUAGCCUGAAGCUGCCCCAGCUGUUUAGCAUUGACCAGGUGCCCCAGGUGUUCCAUGAGCAGGGUAUCCUCUUCGGCUACCGACACCCACAGAGCUCCGCCACUGCCUGUGUCCUCAGUCUUUUCCAAAUGACCAAUGAGACCCUCAACAUCUGGACGCACUUGCUGCCCUUCUGGUUCUUCGUGUGGAGGUUUGUGACCGCCUUGUAUAUAACAGACAUCCAGAAUGACAGCUACUCCUGGCCUCUGUUUGUGUACAUGGGCACCAGCUGCGUGUACCCCCUUGUGUCCAGUUGUGCACACACCUUCAGCUCCAUGUCCAAGAACGCCCGGCACAUCUGUUACUUCCUGGACUACGGGGCCGUCAACCUCUUCAGCCUGGGCUCAGCCAUUGCGUACUCGGCCUAUUCCCUCCCGGACGUGAUGGUGUGCACCACCUUCCAUGACUACUACAUGCCCUUGGCCGUGAUGAACACCAUCCUCAGCACCGGCCUCUCCUGCUACUCCAGGUUUCUUGAAAUCCAGAAGCCUGGGCUCUGUAAGAUGCUUCGCAUCCUUGCUUUUGCUUAUCCCUACACCUGGGACUCCCUCCCCAUCUUCUACAGGCUGUUCCUGCUGUCUGGGGAGGGUGUGCAGAAUGAAGCCAUCUUGAACCACCAGAAGCACAUGGCCAUGACCCUCCUGGCCUCUUUCUUCUACUCCGCACACCUGCCAGAGCGCCUGGCACCCGGUCGCUUUGACUACAUCGGUCACAGUCACCAGCUGUUCCAUGUGUGUGUGAUCCUGGCCACUCACAUGCAGAUGGAAGCCAUACUUCUGGACAAGACUCUGAGGAAGGAAUGGCUCCUGGCACACGCCAGGCCCCUGUCUUUCCCUCAGAUAGCUGGAGCCAUCCUUCUGUGCCUCGUCUUCAGCCUCAGCAACAUAGUUUAUUUCUCAGCUGCUCUGUAUCGGAUUCCUGAGCCAGAAUUACAUAAAAAAGAAACAUGAUUCAAACAUGUUCGUGCCAGAUGUCAGCCUUAAGCUAGCCCAUCCUAGCCACCCUAACCCAGCCGCAUGGAACCAGUUUCCAGAGGUCUGAAAUAGCCGCAGUGGCUGAUGUCUUGGCAUUUUUGAGUGGGUUCUUGUCAAUAAGGUAUUGAACUGGGGACAUUUCUCUAGAUGUGCACUGAUUCUAUAUUAUUUUAAAAGGGGAAGAUGGGUUCAAGUAAGUCCUUGUUUGGGCAGAUUCUUAAUAUUUCAUUAAGUUUUAAAUUUAUUUAAAAUGGAUUUUUCAAUCCUAUUUAAACAGUUGGAAGAAGC